AUCGUAGCGGUCUCCAUUAUCAAAAACGUCGUUGGGUGACACACCAUGCUCAAUCUUGGCCAUUUAACGAUCCUGUUUUCUGCUCUUUUCUUCGCUAUUGCCGGCUACGCCGUCUUUUUCAGUGCCUUCCUCUCACUGACAGGCAGUACAGUUCUUGAUACAUUAGCCAAGGACACUCAUUACAAAUAUUUUGUCCUGUUCAUAGUCCCGACGACAUCCUACUUCGUCAUCGCAAAUUGGGUGGGGUGGCAAUACUAUCGCAAUUCUUGAGAUUAUUCAAAACGCUUUGAUCAUGGCAAUCGUGGGUCUUGACAUAACACAUACAUAGCGAGCGACGAAAAAGCUCAAAAGGAAAAAGUCCGAGUCGGUACUACAAAAUAAACGAAUAAGUUAUAACACCCGAG